AAUCAUGUCUUUGGUGGGAGAAAGACUUUAAUGCAAUGGGAAUAUCCUUUUUUGCUAUUCCAGUCAAUGACGCAAUGAUACGUGAGAUAACUUUUUCACGUGUCAUUGUGUUUUUGGCCAAGGAUAGCAAAACAGUGAUAUCUCUUAUGCAAGUAAAUUUUUUUGCUUUGGUGGGGUUUAUUGGUGAAGUGACAUGCCUUGAAUUCUCGACUAUCCCCACUAGAAUCAUCCAUCCAAUGAAAUAAAAAGGGUUAAUUAGUAUAAUUACACAUCAUACUUUGGCAAUCUCAUUGAUGAAGUUAAGGUGAUUCACUUUGUUUCAGAACAUUUUCAUCUCUUAUAUUCCUAGAUGUUGUAAUAUUGUAGCUCACAAACUUGCUGCUCAUGCUAUUAAAUAUUAGGAUGUUGUAAUAUGGGAUGAAGACGUCCUCCUUGGUUGGAAUUUUCUGCACUGGAUGAAUCCCCUUGAAUUUACUCAAUGAAAAUAUUAUCCUAUUUUUCACCCCGAAAAAAAAUUCAUACUUUGGCCUAAUAAUUAUGCAGUAAAACUAUAUUUAUGUAUGUAAGUUUCCUUUUGUCUGGUUAUAUCAUUGAUGGGUCCUUCCUUAUCAUCACUGUGACUAUUCUUAGGCAUAGAUAGUGACAAUUCAAGCACAUCACCUGAGCUGUAUAGGGAUCUGGUUGCUAUAUAGAGCUUGGCUAAUCUUGAUGCCUCAUGCCCUGCUCUGAGCUCCAAAGUGUUUGGGAAAAAUCCUUUUUCUUUCUUAUUUUUCUUUUCUUUUCUUUUCUUUUCUUUUCUUUUUUCUUUGAACCUUCUCCCAAGUUUGAGCUGCAGAUAUCUUGCACUUAUAGGUCAUCUCUCUCUCUUUCUCUCGCUCUCUCACUCACUCCCACAGAUGGAAAACAAUACUUCAAAACAUCCUCACGUUGUCCUGUUUGCCUACCCUCUGCAAGGCCAUGUAAUCCCAGCCGUCCAUCUUGCCAUAAAGCUUGCAUCAAAGGGCAUCACAGUCACCUUUGUCAACACUGAAGCAGUUCACCACCAGACAGUCAAGUCCCACGCCAUGGAAGAUGAUAAUAUUUUCAAGGGGGUUCUUCAAUCUGGGCUAGACAUACGUUAUGUAACAAUCAACGAUGGCUUCCCGGUCGAAUUCGAUCGAUCUCUCAACCACGACCAGUUUUGGGAGAGUGUUAUACAUGAUUUCCCAGCUCAAGUUGAUGAGCUUCUAGCAAAACUAGUCCUCUCCAACCCACCAGUCAAUUGCUUGAUAUCAGAUACUUUCUUUGAGUGGACAACAAACAUAGCCAAAAAGUAUAACCUAGUCACUGUCUCAUUCUGGACCGAACCAGCUCUGGUCUUCAACCUCUACUAUCACCUAGACCUACUCAACAAAAAUGGUCAUGGUCAUUUUACUUCUCAUGCUAAUCCUCGCCAAGACACGAUCAAUUACAUACCAGGUGUACGCGCAAUUGAACCAAAGGACUUGUCAUCAUACCUUCAACCUAGUGAUUACACUUCACCAAUACACCGGAUCAUAGUCAAGGCCUUUGAGAAAAUUAAAACCGCAGAUUUCAUUCUUUGUAACACAGUCCAAGAGCUUGAAUCUGAGACCAUUUCAGCCUUGCAAGAAAAGCAACAAAUAUAUUCAAUUGGACCAAUAUUUCCCACCGGGUUCACCAAGAGCCGUGUGGCCACAAGCCUGUGGUCCGAGUCAGAUUGCAUCCAAUGGCUCAGCACUAGGUCACGUGGCUCAGUUUUGUACGUGUCAUUUGGUAGCUAUGCUCAUGCUAGCAAAAGAGAAAUCGAGGAAAUAGCCAAUGGGCUUUUGCUCAGCAAAGUUGGUUUUAUUUGGGUACUUCGUCCUGAUAUAGUCAGCUCUGACGAACCCGAAAUCCUACCCUUUGGAUUUGAAGAUGAGAUAAAAGAUCAAGAGCAAGGGUUGAUUGUGCCAUGGUGCUCUCAGAUUGAGGUGAUCUCACACCCUGCAAUUGGAGGCUUCAUAACACAUUGUGGAUGGAAUUCAAUAUUGGAAAGCAUAUGGUGCAAUCUUCCCUUGUUGUGUUUUCCUUUGUUGACUGACCAAUUCACUAAUAGGAAAUUAGUGGUGGAUGAUUGGAGGGUUGGGCUUAAUCUUUGUGACCAAAAACCAAUCACAAAGGAGGAAGUGGCAGAGAAGAUCAGCCAUUUGAUGAGUGGAAAAUCAGCUGAUGAAUUGAGGAGGAAUGUCAAGGAGGUCAGAAAAGCAUUGGAGGGUGCAUUGGCUAUUGGUGGUUCAUCACACAGAAAUCUUGAUCAGUUCAUAGAUGGUGUGAAGGCUAAAGUCCAAGAGAAAACUGGGUUUGGCUUCAACAACACUGAAGUUUCCUAGUUUUUCAAAAAUUCCAAAUACUAUAUUUUGUCGAUUGGAUUUGAUCAAAUUAUAAAUAUAAAAAAUUGUAAGAACAUGGUCUCUAGGUUUUUGUGAAGAAAGUAGUUUUGGUUUGUUUUAUCGAUAAAUUAUGGCCUACUGUGCCUCUUACGUAAACUGUUUGUCCAUCCCAUCCCAUGAAUGGAAAGAUUGCAUUCGGUUUGUCGC